UUAUCAUUGUAAUAUUAAAUUUAGCAGACCCUGGCAAAUAAAAAUGUUGCCUUUGUUUCUAUCUACAAUUUAAUUUUAGGCCCACAUUUUUUCCCGGAAUUGUUCUGCAAGGAUAUAUGUAUGUCUAUUAUAUAUAUGAUAUUUCAAUAACUGUCAGCCAGGCUUCCGGCUUCAGGACCACUUGAGUUUAAUUUGAUUUCGGCAGGUGAGAGAGCCUGUUCUGGCUGUGACUUGGCCUAACCUGGCCUGUUUGUCUCAUACACAUUUCGAAACUCGCAAUUAAAUCAGAUUGCGACUUCAAAGGAUGCUGAGAAUCAUGGCGGCUAGCCCUUUUCCGCAUUUCCAACCUAAGCAAAUAAGGCUCGAGCCGAGCCGAGCCAGCCAAAUGCCGAGCAAACAUUCGGCCCAUCAAAUAUUUGCAUAAAUCAAAUGGGCAGAUUUUCAGGCAUUAGAAGUGCAUUCGAAUCCUCGAACACCCUUUCAUGUCCCCGCAGGAGUUCCACCUGUUGCCUGGUCCAACAGCAAAAGCUCUACGCCACACAGGAUGUGGAACGCAGCUUUGCGAGCUUUCGAGGUUGUGGAAGCAAAAAUUGGCGCCUUUUGGUAAGAACGCAGGGCUUGUUAAGACAUAUCCUUCGGGUUUCCUGUCAGUUAUCAGCGGGAAGUUAACGAGAGCGGUUCGUAGAUAUUCAAAAAUGUAAUUUAUAAAACGGUUGAAGUGGAAACUGAAAUUUAAAAAUAUUUCAAUUGAAAAGAUUAAGUAAACUUGCUACUAAAAAUUGUUGAAUAUUUUUCCUGUUAAAGUUUAGUUUAAAAGUGAAAGUUAAAGAGCUGCAAGUGAUUAACAAAAAAGAGGUGUUUAGUGCUUGUUUUUCUGUAGCUGCUCGAGUGUCGCUAUAACAAAUAAUCCUGCAUCAAAAAAUACGAUUAUAAAGGUGAACACAAUAAAGUUUUGUGUCAAUAACCAAGGCAACUUGGCCAAGACCACCAAGCACCACAUAUAUGCUAGGGAAAAACAACUCGGAACAUAAUCAUUUGGCAGCUUAGAAGGCGUUAAACGCAUUUAAGCCGGGUCAAGUAAGUGGCUGAGAGGACAAAGGACCUCGUUUGGCCUGCGGUCAGUUGAAAAGUCCCUUUGGAGGAACGCAAUCGGCAAGAAAUCCCAAGGAUAUCAACCAACAGGGAGUGGAGAAAGAAAUCCAUUUAAACGAUACGAGCUUAGUUCGUGGAAAAGAUGCUGAACAACAUCAUGUUACAGAAUGAGUGACCACGACCACAUCGAUUCGGUUAAUGGCAGCGGGAGUGGGGUGGAUCCCCUCCUGGCACUCCACAACCUGGAGGGCAUCAGUGACAGCGUGGAGCUGCAGUGUCUGGUGCAGGAGCACAUUGAGGCCUCGACCUAUGGCAACAACAGUGACCACUGUCUCACCCAGUUCGACUCCAUCCUUUGCUGGCCGAGGACGGCCCGUGGAACUCUAGCUGUGCUGCAGUGCAUGGACGAGCUGCAGGGGAUACAUUAUGACAGCACCAAGAACGCCACUCGAUUCUGCCACGCCAACGGAACCUGGGAGAAGUACACCAACUACGAUGCUUGCGCCCACCUGCCGGAGCCCGCGACGGUGGACAAGUUCGAGGUCAUCGUGGAGCUGCCCACCAUUAUCUACUACAUCGGGUAUGCCAUCAGCCUGGUGUCCCUUACCCUGGCGCUGAUUGUUUUCGCCUACUUCAAGGAGUUGCGUUGCCUUCGCAACACCAUUCACGCCAAUUUGUUCUUCACGUACAUCAUGUCGGCCUUGUUCUGGAUACUCUUGUUAUCUGUGCAGAUCUCCAUCCGGAGUGGCUUGGGAACUUGCAUCGCCCUCGUCACACUCUUCCACUUCUUCACGCUGACGAACUUCUUCUGGAUGCUGGUUGAGGGAUUGUACCUUUACAUGCUGGUGGUGAAGACCUUUUCGGGAGAUAAUCUGCGAUUCAAUAUAUAUGCCUCCAUAGGCUGGGGUGGUCCGGCCUUUUUCGUUGUCACCUGGGCGGUGGCCAAGAGUCUCACGGUUACCUACAGUAGCACCAAAAACUAUGACAUCAGCUGCCCCUGGAUGGAGGAGACCCAUGUGGAUUGGAUAUUCCAAGGUCCUGUUUGUGCGGUGCUAAUCAUUAAUCUCACCUUCCUGCUGCGCAUCAUGUGGGUUCUCAUUACCAAACUGCGCUCGGCCAACACAGUGGAGACCCGUCAAUACAGGAAGGCGGCAAAGGCUCUGUUGGUUCUCAUCCCCCUGUUCGGCAUCACCUAUCUGGUGGUCCUGGCAGGACCUUCCGAGUCUGGUCUAAUGGGUCACAUGUUUGCCGUUCUGCGAGCCGUUCUCCUCAGCACACAGGGCUUCUCGGUGUCGCUAUUCUACUGUUUCCUCAACUCGGAAGUGCGGAAUGCCCUGAGACACCACCUCUCCACGUGGCGGGACACGCGCAAUAUUCAGCUGAACCAAAACCGACGUUACACCACCAAAAGUUUUACCAAGGGCGGUGGCUCCCCUCGGGCCGAAAGCAUGCGGCCACUAACUAGUUACUACGGACGCGGCAAGCGAGAGUCGUGCGUGAGCUCGGCCACCACCACCACGCUGGUGGGUCAGCACGCCCCGCUCACCCUGCAUCGCGGCUCCACCAACGCCCUGCACACAAUGCCCCACACUCUGGCUGGGAAUGCCAUGGGCUCCGGCAGCACACUAAGCGUCAUGCCGCGGGCCAUCAGCCCUCUGAUGAGGCAAGGACUGGAGGAGAACUCGGUGUAAACGAUUUUAGCCAGGCAACUGCAUCUUAAGAGACUGAACUUUCAUUGAAUUCCAUUUCCAAGGCGGAGAUCUGGGAGUGCGCUUAGUUUAGUUAGUAGGAGUCACCAGUGAGUGGGACGAAGGACGAUGAAAGGACGCAACCAAGUACCAAGCAGAGCAACCACAAACCAAAAACCAACCUAAGCUAAGUCAAUCGUUUUAAACUGUUAAAUGUCGUCUAUUGUGAAAAGCUGAGAGCCCAUCCCAUAAGAAAUAAUAUAAAAUAAGAUCCUUUACGCUAAAUGUAUAUGUCGGAAUGUAACUUAAUGUGCAAAUGAAAUCAACAAAUCUCUGUAUGAACAUCCAAUCCUGAGCAUCUAAAUAAAUGGUCUAUUUACUU